GAGCGACCGCAUUUAGCGGCUUAUGGAGAACUGAGAGUGGGCGGUAAUACUAGUCUUAUUGACUUUCAAAGUAUAUUGAUUUGGCAGUGUAGAGUACUGAUGAAGAUAUGGAGGAACUGGAAUUCUUCUGUACCACUCCUGGGAAUGCAAAAUGAUACAACCACCUUGAAAAACAGAUGGCAGUUUCUUUAAAGGUUGCUAUGGAAACAUAUGACCACAGAAAAGGAAGUCUAUUCUGAUAAUUCUGAUACCUGAGAUGCAACUGGACUGAAGAGUGGAACGGGAAAAAUAUUAGUGCCAACCUUAAUUACAAUGGAUACUGAUUCAGGGGAGCCAGCUAGCACAGAAGAUUCUGAGAAACCUGAUGGAGUUUCAUUGGAAAACAGAGUUCGUCAGGUUGCAGCAACUUUGACAGUGGAAGCUAGACUAAAGGAGAAAAACAGUACCUUCUGUGCUUCUGGAGCAACUAUAGAAAGGAAGAGAUUCUUUCGAAAGAGUGUUGAGAUGGCAGAAGAUGACAAAGUUGCUGAAUCUUCCUCCAAAGAUGAGAGAAUAAAGACUGCAACAAAUAUUCCAAGAGUAGAAAAGCUUCCUACAAAUGUGCUAAGAGGCAGACAAGAAGUUAAAUACGAGCAAUGUUCAAAGGGAAUGUCAGAAUCCUCAAAAGAUUGUUUCAAGGAGAAAAAUGAAAAGGAAAUGGAAGAAGAAGCAGAAAUGAAGGCUGUAGCUACUUCUCCUAGUGGCAGGUUCCUGAAAUUUGACAUAGAGCUGGGAAGAGGAGCAUUUAAAACAGUAUAUAAAGGACUGGACACUGAAACAUGGGUUGAGGUUGCUUGGUGUGAGCUGCAGGACCGGAAAUUAACCAAAGCUGAGCAGCAAAGGUUCAAGGAAGAAGCAGAGAUGUUAAAGGGUCUCCAACAUCCCAAUAUAGUUCGAUUCUAUGAUUCCUGGGAGUCUAUAUUAAAAGGAAAGAAAUGUAUUGUAUUAGUGACUGAACUUAUGACAUCAGGAACCUUAAAGACGUACUUAAAACGAUUUAAAGUCAUGAAACCAAAGGUCUUAAGGAGCUGGUGCAGGCAAAUUUUAAAGGGAUUGCAGUUCUUGCACACUAGGACUCCUCCUAUUAUUCACCGGGAUCUGAAGUGUGACAAUAUUUUCAUCACGGGACCCACUGGAUCUGUGAAGAUUGGUGAUCUAGGACUAGCCACCUUAAUGCGCACAUCAUUUGCUAAAAGUGUCAUUGGCACUCCUGAGUUUAUGGCCCCAGAGAUGUAUGAAGAGCACUACGAUGAAUCUGUGGACGUCUAUGCUUUUGGAAUGUGUAUGCUAGAAAUGGCUACUUCGGAGUACCCUUAUUCUGAGUGCCAGAAUGCAGCUCAAAUAUACCGUAAAGUAACUAGUGGUAUAAAACCAGCCAGUUUCAAUAAAGUCACUGAUCCUGAAGUGAAAGAAAUCAUCGAGGGAUGUAUUCGUCAAAAUAAAUCUGAAAGGUUGUCUGUCAGGGACCUACUAAACCACGCAUUUUUUGCUGAGGAUACAGGACUAAGGGUGGAGUUAGCGGAGGAAGAUGAUUGCUCAAAUUCAUCUCUGGCUUUAAGGCUCUGGGUUGAAGACCCUAAAAAAUUGAAAGGCAAGCAUAAAGACAAUGAAGCUAUUGAAUUCAGUUUCAAUUUAGAAACAGAUACACCUGAAGAAGUAGCGUAUGAAAUGGUCAAGUCAGGAUUCUUCCAUGAAAGUGAUUCCAAAGCUGUUGCUAAGUCCAUUAGGGACCGGGUGACCCUGAUAAAGAAGACAAGGGAGAAGAAGCCAGCUGGCUGUUUGGAAGAACGCAGAGAUUCCCAGUGCAAGUCUGUGGGGAAUGUACUCCCUCAGCCCCAAAAUACAACUUUGCCCCCUCCUCCUGCUCAGCACAGCGGGGCUGAAUGUGAAGAAACUGAAGUUGAUCAACAUGUGCGACAACAGCUUCUGCAAAGAAAACCACAACAGCAUUGCUCCUCUGUUACAGGUGACAGUUUGUCUGAGGCAGGAGCUGGAUCAGUUAUACAUUCAGAUACUUCAAAUCAGCCCAGUAUAGCCUAUUCCUCAGACCAGAUGAUGGGUUCUCAAAUGGUUUCUAACAACCCGCAGGCCGAAAUAAAUGUUCCAGGGAAAAUUUAUCCAUCCCAGCAGUUAGUGGGACAUUACCAGCAGAUUUCAGGGUUGCAGAAGCAGCCAAAGCUGACUCAGCCCCAAAUUUCGCCUUUGCUUCAAGGUCAGUCCACUGUUCUGCCUGUACAUGUCCUUGGACCUCCACUUGUCUCACAACUCCAGUUUUUGCCAUUAAGUGUCCCAAAGGUCUCACAGGUAAAGCCUGUAUCCCAAGCAGUUGGAGCUGAACAACCAGCAACUCUUCUAAAACCGGAUUUAGUUCGAAGUUUGAAUAAUGAUGUGGCAGCUGUGAAGGAAAACACCAAUACCCCUGAUAACCCAAGUGGAAAUGGCAAACAAGAUCGGAUCAAACAGAGAAGAGCUUCCUGUCCUAGAUCAGAAAAGGGGACUAAAUUUCAGCUUACUGUCCUUCAGGUGUCAACCUCUGGAGACAACAUGGUGGAGUGUCAACUGGAGACACACAAUAACAAGAUGGUCACCUUCAAGUUUGAUGUUGAUGGUGAUGCACCAGAGGAUAUUGCAGACUAUAUGGUGGAAGAUAACUUUGUCCUGGAAAGUGAAAAAGAAAAAUUUGUAGAAGAAUUGAGGGCUAUCGUAGGUCAAGCCCAGGAGAUCCUUCAUGUCCACUCUGCUGCAGAAAGAGCCGUUGGAGUUGACUCUAUUACUGUGGAAUCCAGCAGUAGCCACACAGGAUCAUCUGAACAAGUACAGAUAAAUUCUGCAUCCACUCAAACCAGCAUUCUUUCUACAGAUGAAUCUGCUCCUCAGUCAUCCCCAGUUGGUCGAUGGCGAUUUUGUAUCAAUCAGACAAUAAGAAACCGUGAGGCUCAAUCUCUUCCUUCUCUUCAGCAGUCCAUGUCUACAGUUCCUGGGCUAAAUCUGCUUUCUAGUCCAAGAAACAUAAGUAAUAAGGAAAUAUCACAGGACACGCUGCUCACUCUAGAAAAUAAUCCAUGCCAGCGUGCACUUUACACCUCCACAUCAGAACACAAGGAUGUAGUUGAUGGUAAGAUUUCUGAAUAUGCCAGUGUAGAAACUAAGCUGCCAGCUAUACUUUAUCAAGUGGAAGAUGACAAGCAGAUAAUGGCACCAGUUGCUAGUAGUUCCAGUCAUACGGCUACUUCAGUUCGUGCAGUUCCACUUGAAUGUGAGGGACUCACCAGCCAAGCAGGCAUAUUCCUACCUGUGUAUCCAGGUCACCAAGCUGCCAGUCAGGCAGUUCCUGGUGAGUCAACUCAGAUUGCUCCUAACUCUCUUACAACCCUGGCAUUUAUGUCUGAUCAAAAGCCUCAGUCCUUACCAGUGCAGCAGCCAACUACGGAUGCAGAGUUUAUUUCCCAAGAAGGAGAAACCGCAGUGAUCAUGGAAGCAAGUUCUCCUAAGAUGGUCAUUCCCACUCAGACCCCUGGCCUUGAACCAACUAGCCUUCUGUCCUCUACUGUCGUGGAAUCAGAUGGGGAAGGACCUCCAAAAAUGGAGUUUGCAGACAACCGAAUUAAAACUCUGGAUGAAAAAUUAAGAAAUUUGCUCUAUCAGGAGCAUAGCAUAUCUAGCAUCUAUCCUGAGAGUCAGAAGGAUACCCAAAGCAUAGACUCUCCGUUUUCUUCCUCUGCUGAAGACACAGUCUCAUGUCCAGUGCCAGAAGUCAUAGGCAUCAGUCACUGUGGAGUUCAAGAUAGUCCUGCACAGUCCCCUAAUUUUCAGCAGACAGGCUCUAAGAUUCUGUCCAAUGUGACUGUGAGUCAGCCUGCUAACAUAUCAGUGUUCAAAAGGGACCUGAAUGUGAUAACUUCUAUACCCAGCGAAUUAUGUUUACAUGAGAUGUCCCCAGAUGCUUCACUUCCAGGGGAUCCAGAGGCCUAUCCUGCUGCUGUGUCAAGCGGUGGAGCCAUUCAUCUGCAGACAGGAGUGGAUACAGAAGAUACGAGAUCAGCAGUUGCUCCUGACCCCAUUCCUCUGACAGGAGAGUCCACAGCUGAUGCUAGGGCUUUGAGUAGAUGUAAAGCAAUGAGUGGAUCAUUUCAGCGGGGUCGGUUCCAGGUGAUUACAGUUCCUCAGCAGCAGUCAGUGAAAGUGACAUCUUUUGGAAUAGAACACAUACCAGCAUUCAAUAAAAUGACGAGCCAGCCUAGUGAAGAAGCUUUAGCCUUUACUGAAACAGCAAAGUCUCAAUUGGUAGAAAUGGAACCUGCCACACACAAUCCACAAACUUCACUUUCUUCUCAGAAGUUACAAGCUCUUCAGGAAACCUUCAAAGAAGAUAAAAGAAUUCCCAAACAAGCUGACAACUUCUCAUCUUUCAGUACAGCUUGUGAGACUGAUGUAUCUUUGAUGACUCCAGAAAAGGAAUUGGAAGAAAAUUCAGCCACAGGAAGUAGCUUGCAGUCUGGAUCUGAACUGUUGCUUAAAGAGAGAGAGAUACUUACUUCUGGGAUACAGCCUACCUCUGAUAGUGAAUUUUCAGCCACUCUUUGUGGCAGAGGGAAAUCAGUGGCAAAGACUGGUCCAGAGAGAGAAAAGUGCUUACCACCCCGUGAAGAAAAAGCCUACGUUCAAACACAGAGCUCACUCUUCUAUUCACCGUCUUCCCCAAUGAGCAGUGAUGAUGAGUCAGAAGUAGAGGAUGAGGACUUAAAGGUGGAGCUUCAAAGAUUACGAGAAAAACACAUUCAGGAGGUGGUAAAUCUUCAAACCCAGCAGAAUAAGGAGCUACAGGAGCUCUAUGAACGCCUUCGGGCAAUUAAAGACAGCAAAGUCCAAUCAUCAGAGAUUCCUGUACCACCUGCAUCACCACGUAGACCAAGAUCUUUCAAAAGCAAACUUCGAAGCCGUCCCCAGUCCUUGACACAUGUGGACAGUGGCACAGUUGCAACAGAUCCACUGUGUGUGGAAAGUAGUGCAGCAGCAUGCCAGCAAUCUCCAGCUAGUAAAAAAGGGAUGUUCACAGAUGACUUACACAAACUGGUGGAUGACUGGACAAAGGAAACAGUAGGAAAUUCUCUUAUUAAGCCAAGUUUAAACCAACUUAAACAGAGUCAACAGAAACUAGAAACAGACAACUGGAACAAAGUAUAUGAAAAUACUCCAUCUACUAUGGGCUACACAUCAACAUGGAUUUCUUCUCUGUCCCAAAUCCGUGGAGCUGUCCCAACCUCCUUGCCACAAGGACUCUCACGCCCUUCAUUUCCUGGCCCAUUAUCAUCAUAUGGAAUACCCCAUGUUUGUCAAUAUAAUGCUGUGGGGGGGCCAGGGUAUCCAGUACAGUGGGUAGGAAUUUCAGGAACACCACAACAGUCUGUAGUAAUUCCUACCCAAUCUGGGGGACCGUUCCAGCCGGGGAUGAAUUUGCAGGCAUUUCCAGCUUCAUCAGUGCAGAAUCCAUCCACGAUCCCUCCUGGUCCCAAGUGAAUCAGAGUAGAAGAUGAAGAAAAAGGAGGUAUUUUUCAGAAUUAAUUUUCAGGACACCUAAGAUAUUAAACUUUCUUCUUCUUUGGUUCUGCCAUAUUUUCCUUCGUUUUGAGUUUACUUUCCACUAUAUUUUUUUUUGUUCCAAUGUAGUAUUUGAUAUAGCUCAUCAUCCUGUAGAA